AUGAUUAACAUUCUUAAAAAAAAUAUUAAAAAUGUUAAAUAUAAAAAUUAUUUAACUGAUUCCUCUUUUUUAUCCAAUUCUUUAUCAAAUCCAAUACCCAAUUCUAUAUCCAAUUCUUCAUUUAUAUCCACUUCAUCUUUUUCAUUAUCAAUAUCAACACAAAUUAAACAAAAUAAAAGUAAUACUACUUCAGAUACUUCAAAUACUAUCAAAGAAAAAAUUUCAAAUUCUUCACCACCACCACCUCCUCCUUCUUUUUCUCCUCCCCCCCAAAAAACAAGAAAAUGGGGACGGAUAUUUUUAUUAACAAGUUCAAUGGUAGUUGCUACAAUAUUAUUUAUUAAAUUAGAUCAAAAAUAUUCGAAUUCUCCUUCUCAACAACAAGAAUUCAAUGAUGGUUCAUCAUUAUUAAAUGUAAAAAUCGGAGGACCUAAAAUGUUAAAAAUUAUUUCUCACUUAAAUGAUGAAAAUAAGAAACCUAGAUUGAUUAUUCUUGGAUCUGGGUGGGGGGCAAUUUCAGUGAUUAAAGAAUUAGAGAAAGAUAAAUAUCAUAUAACUGUAAUUUCUCCUCAGUAA